AUGCCGCAAGGCCAGUUCAAGACUGGAACUUGGACAGUAGUUGUCAAUGAGUUUAACAAGCGUGCGUCUAAGAGUUACACCAAGGCACAACUUACACAAAAAUAUCAACGACUGAAACAGAGACACCGCACUUUCUUCCAGCUCAUCGCACGUACAGGAAUGGGAUGGGACCCCAUUUCAAAUAUGGUGACGGCCACUGACGAUGCUUGGGCUGCUGCAUUUGUGGUCAAUCAUAAAUUCAAGGACUUCAGGAAAAAAGGGAUGAGACACUAUGAGCUGUUGGGCACUCUUUUCAAUUCAAACACAGCCACGGGUUUCCUGCAAAUGUCAUCUGCCCAACCAGCUCCCAAUAGUGAUGAAGAGAGAGAACUUGAUGCAGCCUUUCUAUCUGAGGGGGUACAUGUCAAUGUCAGCACCGAUGGUUUCGAUGACGUGGAGGAGCUGCCCACACCGAGUGAAGCCCAAAGCCGGAGGCAAGCUGAAAAGCGGCCAGCUGAAGCAUCUCAUUCAAGUGGAAAAAGGAAGAAAGGGCACUCCCUUGAAUCCAUGACUGAGGCAAUAUGGGGUUUUACUGACAUGAGGAACCGUCGGGGGAAAAAGUCCAUCGACACUGGAGACUCUGCUGUGGGGGCUGCCAGUGAGUCAGUUACAGCAGCUGUAACUCUUCUGAACCAGCACACCGAUGUCGAUCAUGUCACGUAUUGCAAGGUCGUGCAAGAGCUUCAUCAUGCCAAGAGUAGAGCCGCUUUUUUUGCCAUGACGGUUGAUAGAAGAAGGGCCUGGAUUGACUUUAUUGGGGGUGGAUUGCAGUAG